UUUGACUAUUUCAAGCACCCUGCGCUGUACUUCCGAAGCAUCUGUUCACCGGUACCUCUCAUCCGCGGAAAAGGCUAGAACCCAACAGCGGGUAUUUAACACCAUACUUACUUAGUGGCGAAACCAAGGAGGUGUGGAGAAAAUGGCGGCUUUGGAAAUGUUCCGCCACAAAGUGUGCACGCUCGUUAUUGGAGAGCAGUUCACGCAUGAUGGUUGGAUGACGUUGCAGGGUCUAGAGCGGUGUAUCGACGAAUUGGGACAAAAUAGGCUCUCAGUCGUGGUACGCGUAGUGCACAUGGGGUGGGUAGAGAGGCAGAGAGCGGUAACAGUCGAGUUUUCACUUAGAGAGGCUGAAGAACGGCGACCAAAGUGUGAGCGAGGCAUGUAUUGCGAAGGAUGCCGCGAUAAGCUUGUAUUGGAUCCUCCCAUCACAUAUGCGCCAUACAUUGUGGUUCAGGUGCUAGACAACAACAGAGAGAGGUGGAUGGACUGGGUCUUUUUGGCCUUGACUAAUCAGGAUGUACUAGGUCAGUUGCCUGAGGUGUUGGGACGGAUCAGGCGUAAAGUCACAGCCAACGAUUGUAGGCAACCCCGAAUCUGAGGAUACACCGGAGUGCAACCCGUCGAUGAAAAAAAACUCCACUAGUGUUGUAAACACACGUGAGGCUAUUACCAGAUUUUUGCUAAGUCUUGCUGUGUUUAGGUAUGUGCGCGGUUGGGGCGUAGGCAGUGCUUAAGUAGCAUUGAAGUAUGGAAUUG